AUGAACUCGCAACUCAACGAUCCCGCCGUCCCACCAUCAGGCGAGAUGGCUAACGAACAAUCUGGACUUUCAACCGCUAGUCCACAACCUAUUUCUGUAUCGCCUCGUACGAGCGAUCCUCGUCACCACAGAACCCCUAGUCUGGGCGAGAUACAUCAAGUUAUAGAGGCUGAACAGGAAGGUCAAGUGAAUCGCCUCUUGCACAUGAUCCGACAGCAACAACUAGAGCUCCAGCGCCUCCAAGCUGCCAACCCAAACAACCAGAACCAAGGCUCAGCCGUAGACGACAGUAGCGCCAUCGCCGAGCGACCAGGCCAUGGAACUCCCCACGCCUCGAGCUCUCAUGUGUCUAUCCCUCAUGUUCCCACCGGUGACUCGGGCUCUCGCUCCAACAGCCAUCGUCACCCUCGCAGCUCGUUCGACCUAGCCCGACGCUCGAGAACUCCCAGUCGUAGCGGCGCUUCUCCGAGACUUCGCUCAACGUCCAUAGGUGGAAACAGUGAGGACUGGGUCCUGGGCGGCCGGGACGAGAGUGCGUUUUACCAGGCCGAGACUCAGAUGCUCAACCGUGAAAACCAGAUGCUUCGUAAUCGCAUCCGAGAGCUAGAUACCGGAACCGGCUCACCUGUCGCUCACGAGGUACUCCAUCACUCACAAUCGAGGAGAUCUUCUGCAGUGGUGGACAAAGAGGCCGAUAAGCCCUCUACUGAAGAGAGUAAGAAUACUUGA